UCCUGUUGAUCACAGAUUAGUCCUCGUCUAUUCUGGUGUUUGACACAGAUCCUGUUGUUGACAGAUUAGUCCUAGUCUAUUCUGGUGUUUGACACAGAUCCUGUUGUUGACAGAUUAGUCCUAGUCUAUUCUGGUGUUUGACACAGAUCCUGUUGUUGACAGAUUAGUCCUAGUCUAUUCUGGUGUUUGACACAGAUCCUGUUGUUGACAGAUUAGUCCUAGUCUAUUCUGGUGUUUGACACAGAUCCUGUUGUUGACAGAUUAGUCCUAGUCUAUUCUGGUGUUUGACACAGAUCCUGUUGUUGACAGAUUAGUCCUAGUCUAUUCUGGUGUUUGACACAGAUCCUGUUGUUGACAGAUUAGUCCUAGUCUAUUCUGGUGUUUGACACAGAUCCUGUUGAUCACAGAUUAGUCCUAGUCUAUUCUGGUCUUUGACACAGAUCCUGUUGUUGACAGAUUAGUCCUAGUCUAUUCUGGUGUUUGACACAGAUCCUGUUGUUGACAGAUUAGUCCUAGUCUAUUCUGGUGUUUGACACAGAUCCUGUUGUUGACAGAUUAGUCCUAGUCUAUUCUGGUGUUUGACACAGAUCCUGUUGUUGACAGAUUAGUCCUAGUCUAUUCUGGUGUUUGACACAGAUCCUGUUGUUGACAGAUUAGUCCUAGUCUAUUCUGGUGUUUGACACAGAUCCUGUUGUUGACAGAUUAGUCCUAGUCUAUUCUGGUGUUUGACACAGAUCCUGUUGUUGACAGAUUAGUCCUCGUCUAUUCUGGUGUUUCUAACCUUCUAUCUCUAUUAUUCUAGAGGGCACGUGAUCAUCACACCAUGUGACCGUCUCCAUUGAAAGAAAAGGAAUGCCGCAGUUGUCACGAAGAGGAAGAGGCUGUUAUUGUUAACGGUUGGAACCGAACCGAACAGAACGGACGUGAUUCAGAUGAAGAACCGGGGCGAUCCUCCGCAGCACAAUAUCCGUUCGAUUGACGGAAUAAUAAGGAGUUAGAUACAGAAUGUGAAAUGCGACCGUUAUUACCGUGAGACAGCUCUCCUGUGGGUGCUGUCUCCUCAGCUCUCCUGUGGGUGCUGUCUCCUCAGCUCUCCUGUGGGUGCUGUCUCCUCAGCUCUCCUGUGGGUGCUGUCUCCUCAGCUCUCCUGUGGGUGCUGUCUCCUCAGCUCUCCUGUGGGUGCUGUCUCCUCAGCUCUCCUGUGGGUGCUGUCUCCUCAGCUCUCCUGUGGGUGCUGUCUCCUCAGCUCUCCUGUGGGUGCUGUCUCCUCAGCUCACCUGUGGGUGCUGUCUCCUCAGCUCUCUGCGGGUGCUGUCUCCUCAGCUCUCCUGUGGGUGCUGUCUCCUCAGCUCUCCUGUGGGUGCUGUCUCCUCAGCUCUCCUGUGGGUGCUGUCUCCUCAGCUCUCCUGUGGGUGCUGUCUCCUCAGCUCUCCUGUGGUGCUGUAUCCGGUAGCGGCAUGGUCUACGCCCAAUCAACAGACAGCAUCAAGCCCUCCCUCCUCUCCCCCUCCUUUACCCUCCCCAUGACCUUUAACCUCUCAGACUGGGGCAACAACAGUUCAGCGACACCCUCCAUCUGGAACCACGACGCCCUCUCCUCUUCCUCCUCCUCCUCCUCUUCCUCCUCCGGCCUCCAGAACACCACCCAGGUGUGGUAUGAACUCACCCCAGCGGAGGUGGCUGUUCUGGGGCUGGUGUUCAGCCUCCUGUGGUUGGUGUCCAUCCUGGGUAAUGUUCUAGUGUGUGUAGUGAUCCACCGUAGCAGAAGGAGUCAGUCCACUACCAACUACUUUGUGGUGUCCAUGGCCUGUGCCGACCUGUUGCUGUCCCUGGGCUGUGCCCCCUUCAUCCUCCUCCAGGUGACCUGCGGGGGCUGGCCUCUCAGCGCUGCCGCCUGUAAGACUGUUCGUUACCUGCAGCACCUGUGUCCUGGUGUCCAGGUGUAUGUUCUGCUGUCCAUCUGUGUGGACCGGUUCUACACCAUUGUGUACCCACUGAGCUUCAAGGUGUCCAGGGAGAAAGCGAAGAGGAUGAUCCUGGCCUCCUGGAUGUUGGACGCCGCUUUUGUCUCUCCCUGUCUUUUCUUCUACGGCUCGGAGACGACGGCGGCGGCGGCGGACGGGGGAGGGCACUGUGACUUCUUCCUGCCGGCGGGAAGCUGGGACGGCGUUCUGUACGGUUCCGUCCACCUGCUCCUGGGGUUCCUGGUCCCGGCUGUCCUCAUCGUGUGGUUCUACCAGCGCGUGGUCCAGUACAUCUGGAGGCUCGGCGCCGACGGACACACGGUCAGGAGAACCAUGAACAUCGUCCCCAGGACUAAAGUGAAGACCAUCAAGAUGUUUCUCAUGCUGAACGCGGUGUUCCUCCUCACCUGGACUCCCUUCUACGUGGUCCAGGUGUGGCACCCUAGUGAGGCCCCGGGCCCCAGCAGACAGGGGGCUCUGGUGUUCUGCUGUGUGGUCUGGGUGUCGUUCAGCUCCGCCGCCUCGAAACCCUCGCUCUAUUCCGUCUACAACGCUAACUUCAGACGCGGCAUGAGGGAGACCUUCUGCACGUCCUCUAUGAAGUGUUACCGUAGCAACGCCUACACCAUCACCGCCAGCUCCCGCAUGGCCAAGAGUAACUACGUGGGCGUGGUGGAUAUCCCCGUGGCGACCAAGACGACGCUCACCAAAGAUUCCGUCUACGACACGUUUGACCGCGAGGCCAAGGAGAAGAAGUUGGCCUGGCCAAUCAGAGCCAACCCUCCCAACACCUUUGUCUGACGGGAGGGGAGGGAGACAGGGUUUAACUAUCAAUCAGAGCCAACCCUCCCAACACCUUCGUUUGACGGGAGGGGAGGGAGACGGGGUUUAACUAUCAAUCAGAGCCGACCCUCCCAACAACCUUCGUCUGACGAGAGGGGAGGGAGACAGGGUUUAACUAUCAAUCAGAACCAACCCUCCCAACAACCUUCGUCUGACGAGAGGGGAGGGAGACAGGGUUUAAGUAUCGAUGCUUCAUUUCUGAGGAUGAUGUGUAUUGUUGUAGAGGACAGUAUCCGGGGUGCUGAAACACUGUCUUUAGUGGAACAGAUGAGACCUGGCCCUGACUUGCAGAGAGAGGGAAGGUGUUCACAUUGUGUUGAAUCAGCAGCUAGAUCCUACGUCUGUCUGCUACAGUCUGCUAACAUGUCUAUAGUUCUGAAUCCCCUGUCUGUUAACAUGUCUAUAGUUCUGAAUCCCCUGUCUGUUAUCAUGUCUAUAGUUCUGAAUCCCCUGUCUGUCUGUUAACAUGUCUAUAGUUCUGAAUCCCCUGUCUGUCUGCUACAGUCUGUUAACAUGUCUAUAGUUCUGAAUCCCCUGUCUGUCUGCUACAGUCUGUUAACAUGUCUAUAGUUCUGAAUCCCCUGUCUGUCUGUUAACAUGUCUAUAGUUCUGAAUCCCCUGUCUGUCUGUUAACAUGUCUAUAGUUCUGAAUCCCCUGUCUGUCUGCUAACAUGUCUAUAGUUCUGAAUCCCCUGUCUGUCUGCUACAGUCUGUUAACAUGUCUAUAGUUCUGAAUCCCCUGUCUGUCUGCUACAGUCUGUUAACAUGUCUCUGGUUCUGAAUCCCCUGUCUGUCUGUUAUCAUGUCUCUGAUUCUGAAUCCCCUGUCUGUCUGCUAACAUGUCUAUGGUUCUGAAUCCCCUGUCUGUCUGCUACAGUCUGUUAACAUGUCUAUAGUUCUGAAUCCCCUGUCUGUCUGCUAACAUGUCUAUAGUUCUGAAUCCCCUGUCUGUCUGCUACAGUCUGUUAACAUGUCUAUAGUUCUGAAUCCCCUGUCUGUCUGCUACAGUCUGUUAACAUGUCUAUAGUUCUGAAUCCCCUGUCUGUCUGCUACAGUCUGUUAUCAUGUCUAUGGUUCUGAAUCCCCUGUCUGUCUGUUAACAUGUCUAUAGUUCUGAAUCCCCUGUCUGUCUGCUACAGUCUGUUAACAUGUCUAUAGUUCUGAAUCCCCUGUCUGUCUGUUAACAUGUCUAUAGUUCUGAAUCCCCUGUCUGUCUGUUAACAUGUCUAUAGUUCUGAAUCCCCUGUCUGUCUGCUAACAUGUCUAUAGUUCUGAAUCCCCUGUCUGUCUGCUACAGUCUGUUAACAUGUCUAUAGUUCUGAAUCCCCUGUCUGUCUGCUACAGUCUGUUAACAUGUCUCUGGUUCUGAAUCCCCUGUCUGUCUGUUAUCAUGUCUCUGAUUCUGAAUCCCCUGUCUGUCUGCUAACAUGUCUAUGGUUCUGAAUCCCCUGUCUGUCUGCUACAGUCUGUUAACAUGUCUAUAGUUCUGAAUCCCCUGUCUGUCUGCUAACAUGUCUAUAGUUCUGAAUCCCCUGUCUGUCUGCUACAGUCUGUUAACAUGUCUAUAGUUCUGAAUCCCCUGUCUGUCUGCUACAGUCUGUUAACAUGUCUAUAGUUCUGAAUCCCCUGUCUGUCUGCUACAGUCUGUUAUCAUGUCUAUGGUUCUGAAUCCCCUGUCUGUCUGUUAACAUGUCUAUAGUUCUGAAUCCCCUGUCUGUCUGCUACAGUCUGUUAACAUGUCUAUAGUUCUG